AUGGCCCGGGUGGCGCGCGUCCAGUCGAUGCAUGCGGACCUCGAUCCCCAGGUCCAGCGCAAGUGCAGCUCGGAGGUGGCGAAGUACUGCGGCGACACGCCGCGGGAGGACCUGCACUUGUGCCUACGGCGGCACUUCAAGGACCUGGGCCCGGAGUGCCAGAAGGCGGAGGGCCUGCAGGCCCGGAUGGAGAUCGAGACCUCGGUCAUGAGGCCGAAGACGAGUGUGGUCUGCAGGCGGGCCUCGGACGUGUUCUGCAGCGGCAGGGGGUCAAGGGAGCUGCGCGGGUGCCUGGAAGAGAGCAUGCACAAGGAUGCGUUCCCUGUGGCCUGCAGGCAAGCCCUCACCGAGGACAUGGAGGCGAGCAACCACGACUGGCAGCUGAAAUUCGGCAUCUCCACCGAGUGCCAGGAGGACGUGCACGCUCACUGCAGGGAGGAGUCGGGCACUCCUGGGACGGGUGUGCUGAACUGCCUGUCCAGAAAGCACCUCGCGAACGAGCUGAUCCGGUCGGGCUGUCAGGAAGAGGUCACGCGAUACCUCAAGGCUGGCGCGCAGAACAUCAGGGUCCUCCCAGAUGCCUUCGAGGCGUGCCAGACGGACGUGGCCUCGUACUGCCCAGGAGUGCCAGCUGGUCAGGGGCGCGUGCACGCCUGCCUGAUGAAGCACAAGAGCUCUCUGUCGCAGGAGUGCGCGGCCAGCGAGUUCCGGAACCAGGCGGCGCAGGCCAAAGACAUCCGGAUGAGCCCCGAGGCCAUGAAAUAUUGCGGGCCGGUCAUGACGAAGUUUUGCCCGGGUGUGGAGCCAGGCGAGGGCAGGAUGUGGGCGUGCCUCUUCGAGCACCGGUCCAGCCCGGCCAUGCCCGAGCAGUGCGCCGAGGCCCUGAAGGGCCACGCCAAGCUGAAGCAGUCCGAGUUCUUCCUGAACCCCGGCAUCCUCGCGAAGUGCAAGGGGGAG